UAAAAGUGUUCGUUUAAGUUCGGCUUCGUCCGAUUCGCUCCCCAGAUCCGUAUCAUAGUGAUCCGGAAACGAGGCCAAAGAUCCGGUGAUUGUCGCUAUGUGUCCGGGUUCGAUCCCGGAUUCGGAUGAUUGGGCAUGAGGGAGGAUCUGGGUGGUAGAGGGCGACACUCGAUGAGGCCAUGCCGAGUGUGACAGCAUAAUACCGGAAACUGCAUCGACCGGUUUGCGUCUCGACUAAUUUACUAAAAAUCACAAAUAUAAAAAAAAAUCCGCGCAUUUUUACAACUAUUAUUAUUACUACUAUUAUUAUUGUUACAGCUGUAAUUCGCCCAAAAAUUGCGAUUAAACACCAUGAAUAUCGUCGAGGAACGCACUUAUGAGAUUACAAGCAAAUUAGAGAAGGAGAAAUCCAACCUCACUUUACUGACAGAACGACUGAAAAAGAGCUCUCAUAUCACGAAAGGCAUUGAUACGAUUUUAAAUUCGUUUGAGGAGCGUCUCUCACGACUCGAGGACACUAUUUUGCCUGUCUACAAUGAUACAGAAAAUUUGCAAAAGUCACAAAUUAAUAUUGACCAAACUCUUACAUUUCUCGACGAUGUCAUUAGCUAUUACAACGUUUCAAGUGAAGUGGAGAGCGUAAUUGAGAAAGGACCGGGCGAAAGUGGAAUUGAUUUAGACGAUUAUAUUCACUCCUUGAAUCGACUUGCAAAAGCACAAAAAUACUUCGAGAAACACAUCCCCCAAAGCGUAGAACUCGAAAACGUCACCACUUUAUUUCACAAAGGUAGCGACAAACUCAACUCUGAGUUUAAAACAGUUUUGGAUAAGUAUAACACUCCUAUGCUUCCGGUCAUUCUUCUCGAUUUGAUCAAUUUCGAGAAUUCCGAUAACCGCGAAAAGGUCCCACCAGUUCAAAUCCCCGAACAUACUAAAUCCUAUUUGAUCAAAAUCGCCAACUGGUUACUUGAUAACGGCCGUGAUGAAUAUUUAACAGUUUAUGGUAAAGUCCGUGGGGCUGUUUUACAACGGUCUUUGACAAUGUUACGCAACCAUCAGAAGAGCGUCAGUGGGGGUAGUGUCCAUGGUGUUGCUAGUUCCCCAAUGCUGCGCCCUAAGUUCCAAAAUCGCCAUGAAGCUAGUCGCAAACCGUCGACGCGCCGCCUCCACCACGCCUUCGAACGCAAAGCCAAUCGAAUGUUUCUAAAAGCGUCACAAACACUCGAACAUUCGACGGGUUUGACACUUGGCACACGACGUGCCUCCUCCCAUUUACUUGACCCCGCCUAUAACGGGGAGGAGUUUGAUAACGAGCAAGAAUUGGAGAAUUAUCUAGUGUGCGUGAUUGCUCUACAUAAACUAAUGCAAAUUGAGCAGGCCUUGAUUAAGGGGAUUAUCGCACCGAGACAUCAACCACGUGUUUUCGAAUUGAUAGUCAGGGAGGCUAUGGAUACUAUUGUUCAAGAUGGCGAGAAUAUAGUUUCACGUGCAAAGAAAUGCAUAAGUCGACAUGAUUUUGGCACAGUAUUGGUGGUUUUUCCGAUUUUGAAACAAUUGCGUUCGUUGAAACCCGAGUUUGAACGAACGGUGGAAGAGUGCGAUUUGAAUGUCAAGUCGAAAUUUGACGCCAUUUUGGGGAUGUUACAUUCGACGGGAGCGAAAGCACUCGAGGAUUUUAUCGAGAGUUUACGAUCGGAUUCGGUGACACAGUUGCCUAGCGACGGGACUGUACACGAACUCACAAGCAACGUGAUUAUGUUUUUGGAACAGUUGCUCGACUAUACGGAUACUAUAGGUAUGGUUUUGGUCCAGGAUGUCAGUUAUGCGAAACAAUUGGACCGUUUGAAGGCCAGUGAUACCAACAAAGCCCUUCUAGGCCUCUAUAUCAAGAAGGUUUUAGUACAGUUGAAUCACACUUUGAUUAGUAAGAGUGAACAGUAUAGUGAUCCAGCCUUGAAAGCAAUUUUUCGUUUAAAUAACAACAAUUAUGUCUUAAAGUCACUACAGCGGAGCACUUUGUUGGAAUUAUAUUUAAUUUCCGAGCCGAAAUGUGAGGAAUAUUAUCACAAUUCGAUUCAAGAACACAAAAAAGCUUAUUCGCAAAGUUGGGGUAAACUCUUGAAUUAUAUCUGGUGUGAUGACUCGCCUGUUAAUCUUUUGCACGGAGAUAAGCUCCGGGAUAAGGACAGGGCCGUAAUUAAGGAGAAAUUUGCCGGUUUUAAUAAGGAAAUUGAGGAUAUCGCCAAAGUGCAACGCGGAUAUUCGAUUCCGGAUGUUGAGCUGCGCGAGAGUAUUAAAAGGGAUAAUAAAGAGCUGAUUAUUCCGAAAUAUAAUUCGUUUUAUAACAUGUAUGCAGGGGUUCAGUUUACGAAAAAUCCGGAAAAGUACAUUAAGCAUAAGCCUGAUGAGGUGUCGGCGGUUAUUGACCGAUUUUUUGAUGUGGCUGCUUGAAAAAAAAAAUCAUUGUUAUUUAUGUAAUCGUAAGUUGAAUAAAUAUACAAAUUUGAAA